AUGGCAAUCAAGAAGGCUAUCGUGGUCGGCGCCGGCCCAUCAGGACUCAUCCUCGCCCUCCUCCUGGGCAAGCAGGGGAUUGAGGUCGAAAUCCUCGACGCAGGCACCGAACUCAACAGGCAACCACGCGCGGCGCACUAUGCAUCCCCCGCCGCCUACGAGCUCGACCGCGCGGGAGUCCUCGACGAUGUCGUCGCCCAGGGAUUCCACAUAAAAGGCAUGUGCUGGCGAAAGAUCGACACGACUUUCAUCGCCGGCAUGUCGCAUGAGGUCUUUCCGGCGGACUAUCGGCACCGCAUGGUCGUCCUCCCCUUGGACCAAUUGGGCGAGCUGCUCUGCAAGCACAUCGAGCGUCAGCCUACCUGCCAGCUGAAAUGGGGACACAAGGUUGUGAAGGUCGGACAAGAUGAAGAGAAGGCCUGGGUGGAGGUUGAGACGGCGACAGGCAUGCAGCGGCACGAGGCCGACUACGUUCUGGGCUGCGAUGGUGCCAGCAGUACCGUCCGACGGGAGUUGUUUGGUCCUGAAUAUCCCGGAGAGACCUUGGAUGCGCAGAUCGUCGCGACGAACGCGUAUUAUGACUUUGAGAAAUACGGCUACUGGGACAGCAACUUCAUCGUGCACCCGACCGACCUGUACAUGGCGGCCCGCAUUACGAACGACGGCCUUUACCGGGUGACCUACAUUGACACGCCGGGUCUGAGCCGCGAGGAGUACAUCCGACGACAGCCGAUGAAGUAUGAAAAGAUCCUCCCCGGCAACCCCAAGCCGGGCGAGUAUCGCGUCACCAACAUCAGCCCGUAUAAACUGCAGCAGCGGUGUGCGCCGAGCUUCCGCGUGGGAAGGGUGGUUCUCGCAGCAGAUGCCGCGCAUCUGUGCAAUCCUUUUGGCGGCCUUGGUUUGACCGGUGGUAUUGCUGACGUUGGCAGUCUCUUCGACGCCCUGAUGGGCAUCCACAAGGGACUAGCGGACGAUAGCAUCUUGGAUAAGUACAGUGAGGUGCGGCGCAAGAUCUGGGCGGAGACUAUCGAUCCCAUGUCGCGGGAGAACUUCCGAAGACUGUACGGACAGGAUCCCGACAAAGCACGCGAGAAUGACGAGUUCUUCAAGAUGUGCAUCCAAGCCGAGACUGAUCAGGACCUGGCUCGGGAAAUUGCGCUUGGCCUCGACGUGUUGAGACACGACAUGACGCAGUAUUAUAACAAGGAGUCCUCCGAUCUGUAA